AUGGCUAUAGACGAGAUAGAUAUUAUAGAUGAGAUGGAUAUAGACGUCGAGUGUCUAAACUUUCACAAUAAGAGUAUUAACGUUUUGAGUUCUAUUAAUGGGAAUUUAAGCACGAGGAUGGCGGCUGGCGCAUUUUACAUACCAAAAUAUAACAAAGCCCCUCUAGGGGAAGAUGCACAUUUUAUUUGCAUAGAGCAAGAAACCAUAGGUGUAGCCGAUGGUGUUGGUGGCUGGGCAAAAAAGGGUAUCAAUUCUGGAGAAUAUUCGAGACAGUUGGUUAAAAACGCUGAAUUAUCGAUUCAUAAGCAGAAACAGCAAGGGAAUAAAAUUCACCCGAUGAAAGUUCUCAAUGAAGCUUAUUUAAAUACGAAAUCUCAAGGUUCAUCGACAGCAUGUAUUUUGACUUUAACGUGUGAUAUUGUACACGCAGUCAACGUUGGAGAUAGCGGGUUUGUUGUUAUAAGAGACGGGGUAAUAGCAUACAAAACAGAAAUUCAGCAAAAAAGAUUCAAUUGUCCCUUUCAGUUAGGGAAUGGAUAUACAUGUGAUGAUCCAAGUGUGGCACAAGAAAUUAAGGUUCCAGUAAAAACAUGGGAUGUGAUAGUCAUGGGAUCAGAUGGAUUGUUCGAUAACGUUCAUGACUUUGAGUUGGAGAAAUUAGUACGCAAGGGGCUAGUGGAUUUGCGCGAACUGGGAAUAUUUUCGAAGAUGUUAGCACAGAAGAUUGCAGAAUAUGCACUGCGGAGUUCACAAAGUAAGAAGAAUUAUACACCUUUUGCUAGAGAGUGUUCCAAAGUUGGAAAACAUCAUGUUGGUGGCAAGCCUGAUGACAUUACAGUGAUAGUUGCCCAUAUUUUGCCUCUAUAG